GGGCCUCAGCGGAAGAUGGCCGGCGGAGGAGGAGGCUGCUUCUACCCGCGAUCGACCAGCUCCACCACCGAGUCUCCGCCUCUCCUCAGCCUGAGGCGAAGGUCGAAACACCAAGGGCCGGAGGAGGCGGUGACCCUUGAGAGAGUGUUGGGCGUAACUGCUCAAACCAGCAAUGGUUUAACCUGUGACCCAAACUCGGGACAAAUUGCAUACCCCACAGGAUGCGUGGUUGUGAUUUUCAACCCUGAGAAGAACAAACAAAGGCACAUCUUUAAUGUGGCCAGGAAAACUGUGAGUGCUCUCUCUUUCUCUCCGGAUGGGAAGUACAUUGUAACUGGAGAGAACGGGCAUCGGCCGGCAGUCCGGGUCUGGGACGUAGAGGAGAAGUCCCAAGUGUCUGAACUUCAUGGCCACAAGCACGGCGUGGCGUGUGUGGCCUUCUCCCCCAGUACGAAAUACCUCGUGUCGGUGGGGUAUCCUCAUGACAUGAUAGUGAAUGUGUGGGACUGGAAGAGCGAUGCCCUCAUCGCAUCCAACAAGGUCUCUUGCAAGGUGAUGGCCGUCUCCUUCUCCGAGGACAGCUAUUUUGUUACAGUUGGGCACCGCCACGUCAAGUUCUGGUUCUUGGAUGGCUCCAGGGAAGUCAAGAUCAAGGAGACUGUUCCGCUGGUCGGUCGCUCUGGACUCCUCGGGGAGCUUCACAACAACAUCUUCUGUGACGUGGCGUGUGGGCAGGGCAAGAUGGCCGGCAGCACGUUCUGCAUCUCCUAUUCCGGGCUGCUUUGCCAGUUUAAUGAGAAGCGCAUCCUGGAAAAAUGGAUUGAUCUGAAGGUGACUCUGGCCAACUGCAUCUGUGUUAGUGAAGAAUUUAUUUUCUGUGGUUGUGCUAACGGAACUGUGCGCAUCUUCCACGCACACAACUUACACUACCUCUCGGAUUUGCCAAAGCCGCACUACCUGGGCACCGAUGUAGCCACAGAGCGGAUACUGAGAAGGCCGGACGCCUCCCAUCCAGACGCCAUUGCCGUAGUCUUUGACCCGCGCCAUCUCUGGCUCUCCUGCGUGUACAAGGACCACAGCAUGUACGUUUGGGACGUGAAGGACACGGGUUACGUGCGGAAAGUGUGGUCGGACCUAUUCCACAGCUCCUUCGUGUGGAAUGUUGAGGUUUAUCCUGAAUUUGAGGACCACCGAGGCUGUUUGCCCCCGGGAUCUUUUCUGACGUGUUCCUCAGACAACACUAUACGGUUUUGGAACCUGGAGAACGGCAGGCACGGACAUUUUAAGAACGUCUACAGCGACAACUUGCUGAAGGUUGUGUAUGUGGAAAAGAGCACUCAGCAUUUGCAAGACUCAACCAAUUUGCCAGAUCGAAGUGACAAUGUUGGCUACCUUGAUGUGAAAUCCGGUGUCCGGGUGAUGCAGAUUAGCCCUGAUGGUCAGCACUUGGCCUCUGGGGACCGAGCCGGAAAUCUAAGGGUACACGAGCUGAAAUUUAUGGUAGAAGUGGUGAAAGUUGAGGCCCACGAUUCGGAAGUUCUCUGCCUAGAAUAUUCCAAGCCAGAAACGGGGCUGUCUCUCUUGGCCUCAGCAAGUCGAGAUCGGCUGAUCCAUGUGCUGAACGUGGGGAGCAAUUACAAACUAGAACAGACCUUGGAUGACCACUCCUCCGCUAUAACAGCAGUGAAGUUCACUGGAAAUGACCAUGUUCAGAUGAUUAGCUGUGGAGCUGACAAAAGCAUCUAUUUUCGCAGUGCACAAAAGGUCGGAGACGGGAUUAGCUUUAUCCGAUCUCACCACGUUGCUGAGAAAACCACUUUGUACGACAUGGACGUUGACAUAACUCAGAAGUACGUUGCUGUGGCCUGUCAGGACAGGAAUGUCAGGAUAUACAACACUGUCAGCGGGAAGCAGAAGGGAUGCUACAAAGGGGCACAAGGGGACGAUGGAUCCCUGCUGAAGGUCCAGUUUGAUCCUUCCGGGACAUUCUUGGCCACCAGUUGCUCGGAUAAGAGCAUUUCCAUCAUGGACUUCCACUCCGGAGAAUGUGUUGCCAAGAUGUUUGGGCACUCAGAAGUUGUUACAGGGAUGAAAUUUACCUUUGAUUGCAAACAUUUAAUCACCGUCUCAGGAGACAGUUGCAUCUUUAUAUGGCAUCUGAGCCCUGAAAUCACCACCUGCAUGAAGCAGCACUUGAGGGAACUGGAUCAGACCCAAGAGCAGCCAGAAGCCGGGGACUCCGCGUGGCCUCACCCUGUCAGGCCGGAGACCUUUGUUGCGGUGCCAGGCGGAAGGGUCCCCUGCAGGGGCCCGGCUGAUUCUGACAUGGAGGAGGAGGAAGAGGAGGAGGAGGGAGAAGAGGAAAAAACGGCUCUUCAGACUCCAGUUAAAGAUGACCCUGAUACGGCUCCUGUUUGUAUCCUGUCCAACGGCAAACUGCCCAUGUGGGCCAAGAGACUGCUUGGAGAAGCGGAUCACUCAGACAGCAACGCGUUCCACUCCCGAGUGAGCUAUCAGCCGCAAGGGCGCUGGGCCGAACGUGCCGACAAAGAGCCAAUUAAAACCAUCCUGGACGCAGACCUUAGUUGUUUCACCCCGGUUCGGAGCAGCAGCUUGGCUGACCCUGACCUGGAGCCCCAGAGCCUGGACCAGCUGCUUUCAGAGGCUGACAGUCCUCACAGCAAUGUGACCGGAGACUUCAAGCAGCCAGAUCUGUCUUCUGACGAGGAGGUGGCUCCGGAGCUGGAGGCCAGCGGGACCACCCUCUGCGUCUCACAGGCAGGCAGCAGCCCUUCUUUGCAGGAGAGGACCAUCCAUCAGCCUGUGUUUGAGGAGGAAGCUUCAAGCCCAAAGGAGAAGGUGCCUGAGAAGAUCUGCUCCGUGACUUCCUUGGAUUCUGAUGCCUCCCUUUCUGGGCACCGUCCCGAGGCAGAGGAAGAAGUGGAGAUGGCCGACCUCGACGAGAACUUCUCGCAGAACAGCUCGCUGCCCCAGACUCCGGAGCAAGAGAAAUACCUCAAGCACCACUUUGAAACUCUGGCCGGUGCCCCUGUUGAAGAAAAGUUUGAUGGUUGUAUAAAGGAUCUGGAGCCGUUUGAAGAUGGCGAUGAAGGGGGAAGCCCAUUUCUGAACCCUCGUCUGAGCAUUUCUGCCAAGUUUCUGUCUCGCUGCCAGAAGAACUGCAGAUUUAUCCCAAGAGUCCAUCCGCUUGCCCAGGCAGCCGCCGCCGAACACGUUGCCGAGGACAGCUUGCCACUCAGCAGUUCCAAAAAAUUCAAGGCAAGCUGGGUUGCAUCCAUUCUGGGGAGCAAAUCUUUUAAUUAAUUUAAUUAGUUAAUC